GGGCACUUGUGUCGAUGUUUCUCGUCGGCGAAGCGGCAAAACGAAACGAAAAAGUCUACUUCACCCUCACACUGGACUGUUGAGUCAUCAUACCGCAGAAUCAAAAACUUUACCAACAAAAAAAUGGGUAUCACAGUGAGUGCACUGAAAGAACUCAGGUGACACUUGUCCUUCACUCAGUCGAGACUCCACUGCAGUAAGAAACAAGGUCGUACGUUCCACGUGACCACAGUCAGUAACAGCACCAGUGAAGCUGUGGUCGAGUACUUUAGCGGCCUGACGGAUGUGCGUCCUGAUUCCUGUGGGUCUUUUCAGAGAAUGGAAGACGACAACUUUAAGUCGGUCAUGGAGUGUGAGAGUUGGAAUUAUGAGGGAAAAUGGGGAUGGAAUGAAGGUCGUGUGGAAGUGAAACUGUACAUACGUGCUGCAUAUGUCCCAGGCAACUAUCACUGUAGAGUAUUACACGGAUAUUGGUGCGAUGACUUGUAG